UACGUCACGGAAGCCACUAUUCCAUUUAUGGCUGUACUCGAGUAAUGACAGAUGAGCUAAUACCGUGCUUAAAUAGGUAAAUAUCCUUAUUCCUGACAAUCGAGAGUUAACAAGUGAUAGAAAAUUAUCAGUUAGAAGAAAACUAAAGGAUUUUAAAUCCCAGCAACGAAGUUCAAAGGCUAAUUCCAGUUUUCAUAGAGUAUUCGAAAGAUGACACAACACGGCAUAGAAAGGAGUUUUCAGGGCCUCAAUAUGAAUGACUCACCAGGAACACAGAAGAAAAUUCCUCCCGCUGUGGCCCCCAAACCUUCUAAAGUCCUGAAUACAUCACCAAAGCCAUUCAAAGCAGGAGGUGGAACAUAUCGACAGUUCCGAGCUGAACAAGGGGAUGAAGAUUUCCCACCCCCUCCCCCUCAGAGUUCUUACAUUGAGGAAGUAGCAUACCCUAUACCACAAGUAGAGCAGUCCAGGGCCUAUGGCUAUAAUGAUCCUCAAGAGGAUUUCCCUCCCCCUCCUUCUCCAACUUCCAACUACAACACACACUCCCCUGAAAAUGUUCAAUAUGGAGUGCACAACCAGAUGUACUCAUCUUAUGGCGAUUCACCUCACAACAGAUCCUUUGAGCAGUACCACACAAGCUCCACCCACUACCAAGUGGACAACCACCAGCCAACCUACAAAGGGGGUCGCUCCAUGUCCCCCACUGGGCCCCCCGCAACAUCCUACCAGAGCCCCAGUAACUACGCCAACCUACAGUCCCUCCAGUCCGCGUACUCCUCAUCAGGCCCCUCCCCCCAGACGGACAACACCAUCUACGCCCGCCCGGUGAAGGUAGUGAGGGAGCCACCGGACAGUUACAAUUCCCCCAGAGACACGGUGACAUCACCCGUGGGGUAUGUCCGACAGAACAUCCCGGACCAUCGCCAGUAUAACAACCAAGAGAACCUGGACUUUGACUACAGCAGGUCGCCCAGCUCUGGCUCGGGGGGCUUUGUUCCCAGAUACGAGGAUGAAUACAGAGGAGAGCGCCCUAUGCCGGGACCACAGGUGCCCUCUGUGGGUCCAGAAUCUCCCCGUGGGGGUGACAAAGCUAACAAGGAGGCAGAGGUGGAUGCCUUGACCAGUCUCCUGAUACAGAACAUGGAGUCCUCCAGUGAAACGGACUUCUUUGGUAUCUGUGUGAAGUGUCAGAAGAAGGUGGUGGGGGAGAACAAUGGAUGUACGGCCAAUGACCAGGUCUAUCACAUCUCCUGCUUCAUCUGUGUCAACUGUGGCACUCUGUUACGAGGUAAAUCCUUUUAUUCCAUGGACAAUAAGCCAUAUUGUGAACAGUGUUAUGUUAGCACCUUGGAGAAAUGUUCAGUUUGUUCAAAGGCAAUCACAGACAGGCUUCUAAGAGCCACUGGGAAGCCAUACCACCCCGCCUGUUUUACCUGUGUGGUGUGUGGGAAGAGCUUGGAUGGAAUCCCGUUCACAGUGGACGCCACCAACCAAAUUCACUGCAUUGAAGAUUUUCACAAAAAAUUUGCCCCUCGUUGCUGCGUCUGUCAACAUCCCAUCAUGCCAGAGACAGGGCAGGAAGAGACUGUCAGGGUGGUUGCCAUGGAUAAAAGUUUUCAUGUUCAGUGCUAUAGAUGUGAAGAUUGUGGACUGUUGCUGUCAUCUGAGGCUGAAGGACGAGGAUGUUACCCUCUGGACGAGCAUAUCUUAUGUAAAAACUGCAAUGCCAAGAGAAUCCAGGCCAUGUCUUCUAAAAUGGCCACAGAGUUAUGAACUGCAAUACUUUAUUAUGCCAGAGGCGUUUCAUGGUGAUAGUUAUUUGUGGAUUCCCCACUAAAGGGAGAAAUUUCUCAUUUUACAAAUAGAUCUGUUCAAUCUAUGCAAUCAAUUGCUUGGGGAAAGACUAUUUUUACAUUUGGAUGUACAUGUAUUCAUUAAAUAAUUGUAUAAUAUUGCUUGAUUGUGUCAUAAGUAAUGGAACAUAGUCCUACAGCAAUUGAUAUCAAUGUUUGUCACGAAUCAUAUCCUAUUUUGUUCAUCCUCUCGCAAAGUGAAAUGGUAUUAUAAAUUAUUAGCGAUGAUGUAUGCUCUUGUUGAAAGGCUGAGCAUGUGAUGCGAUUGAAUUACUGAUGUACUGGUGCCCUUGGAUUAGAUUGUCCAAAAAUUGCAAUAUAAAAUGCUGCUAUUUUGAUAUUUUAUACAAGUGAAGAUUUAAACAAUUAUGUAAAUUAUGAAUAUUACUAUAUAUUUUAUCAGAUUUCAGUACUCGGUUUUUAAACUUUAUUGUAUUACUUUUUCCAGCAAAUUUUAUUAAGAAAGUGAAGACGAGCUUAUUUCCCUGUUUUUCACUCUACCACUUGAAAUACACAGUAAAGCCUAUUGUUCAACAUUUUCCUUUGAAGUGUUUAUUGUAAAUCAGCAUUGAUAGAAAGUGAAUGUAUGAUCUAGUCCUUUAAAUAUUACAUUAUUUCAUGUAAUGGGUUAAGACUUUGUUGUAAAUCUUAGCAGCAAUGGAUUUUCUAUUAUUCUUGUAUGAUCAUUUUUAAACUCUUGAGAAUUAAUGAUUGAUAUUUACAGCUUCAGUUGUGAUAUUUGUGAACAAUUGAUAUAGUUUGUAAUUCUUUAUACUUUUAUUUUAUACUUGAAUACACAGUGCUCACUGCUAUUGUUCAUAAAGAUUCAUUUAAUUUAUUUGCCUUUGUCAUUAGAAUAAAAAACAUUUUUUUAAUUGUUUAUGCAUUUGUUUUGGUCAUUAUUUAGUUGCUAUAGUGUAGUAUAUUCAGUGAUAUUUUUUGUAUUAUUGUUAAUUGGGAAUAUUUUUUCAUACUUUUUAGGCUUACUAUACCGUGUAUGUCCUUACUUAGCAUAUGUAAGGAAUAUGCUUUAAGGAUUGUAAUAUGAAUUCCAUUUAUAUAUGUAUUUACCUCAUGUGAAAAAAGUUGAAACUUGUGUCAGAGUUAUUCCUCUUGUUGAAUUGUUAUUAUUUGCCAGGGAUCUAUUUAGGAAAAUAUGGUUGGGAGGGCAGUUUAAGUGAAAUUUGUUUGCUGUUCAAUUUUUUGAAAGACUCCACUGUUGGUAGCCUAAAAAAUAACAGUGUCGAAAUGUAAACAAAAUACAUGUAUAUUAUUAUUUAUUUUGAGAAAAGGUAUUGCUUUUUAAUAUGAAAAUUAUAUUUUAGAACUUUGCCUAUUGUCAGAAUGUUUUAAUGAAUAAAUAAAAUCAUUCCUAUUUCUAUAAUUACAAUUUUACAAGUACAGGUAGGUGAAAAAAACCAUAGUGCAUAUGUUUAAAGUAUUGAUGAUAAAUGUUUUCAAACUUGCAUGAUAUGAUGACUUUCAAAUAUGAAAAAUUGAGAAUAUUACAUCUAUUGGAUUUACAAUACAUGCAAAAGACAUGAUGUUUCAAUGAUGUUUAGUGAUGAAAAAUUGAAUCGCUAUGUCAUCAAGUUUAAUCUUUGUAACAUGUAUGUAUACUUAUCUAUGUAUUUGAAAUAAUCAUAAUUGAUUAUUAAUGUAUUUUUUAUUAUAUGAAAUACACAGAAAAUGUUACUAUUAAUCUCUUGUUCAAAAGUGUAGACCUAAAAACUUAUAUUCAUUUUUACAUACCUAAAUGUAGUUUUGUUAUGUAAUUUGCUUUGAAAUACUGAAUACAUGCAGUGCUUGCUAAAAGAGUUUUAUUGUAGUACAAAAUAUGUUGAAUAUGUUACAGCAUAAAGGGAAAACAAAAUUU